UUUGAAAAAACUCUUGAGAUAAGUUUUAAUCCAACGGACCAAGAAAUAGAUAUAAUAUUGCAAGAUUACCAAGACAAUUUUGUAGGAUCCAUGAAAUUUAUUUUACACCGCUUAAAAGCAUCCUGUGUUAAAACAAUAAAAUACUUUUCACGCUCCUACGAUAUACAAGUAAUUUCGGAGUGGAGGUGUGCUCAUACAGGAAGCUGUGUUAAUCAAAAAUGUAGUUCCAUUAAAAUGAACGAUACGAUUAUUGAAUUAAACAUGGAAAAUCAAAAAUUCCCAGGCAUCACAAGAUGCAUGGAAACAGAAGGCGGUUGGGCCAAUGGUUGUUUUUAUGUCGACCCUGCUUGUUUAUUUUAUCGCUUUUCUGCAGUACCAACGAAUGACCCUAAAAUACUCGAAAUAUUUAGAUGUCCGAAAUGGGAUCUUGAAUUGGAUGUAAAAAUUAUAAUUGAAACUCAAAAUGAUAAACAAGAAAAAUUAAUUUCGCUAAAACCCGGAUUUACGACAGAAUGGAACGAUCUUCGAAUAACCGCCACAAGCAUGACAAUUGCUCCUCUUCCUAUACUCAAUCAACUUUUCGUGUCGGAUGAAAAUAGAGUUGCAAUUCUUGAAUCGGAAAGUGAAGAUAAAUUGAGAAGUUUUAGAUGUUCCUCAAAAGCGGCAGCCAUUAAAUUUAAUGAAUGUAAAUUAGAUCCACUAUCGUGUGAUUGUAACUCGGCCGACCAUAAUGUAGCUUGUCUGUGUUAUGAAUUGUUAGAAACUAGACAGCUUUUUAAAAGAGAUUUAACAUUGCCAUUUGAGCAUAACGGUAUACUACUUGACGUGGACCAAGGCACGAUUAAAGUCUCGCCCGAUUUUUCCGCCGCUCAAAUCCAAACACAAAUUAAAGGCUUAACACUCAAAACAGAAAUUCUCGCAAAUAAAUGUAAAGUAACAAAUGUUAAAUUAAUCGGAUGCUACAAAUGUAAUCGCGGCGCAAAGCUAGAGCUAACUUGUAAAACUGAUUUUGGAAACUCCUUAGGAAAUAUUUACAUUUGA